AUGAAGAGCGCGAGUGGUGCCCAUGGCCAGCCAGACGGUGAAGUUGUCGGUGCUUGCGGCCACAUGGUGCUGAUGCCGAUAGUGACGAAGAAGCUCGUGAGUCAAUGUCCGGUGGAGGAACUCUCGAUCAGCAAAGAUGCGUCUCUGAUCUAUUGGAUCGAGCUCCAUCCGAAUCCCAGCGCACCGAACCAGGUCACGCAGACGGUCAUACUCAGCAACAUUGUGCAAAACGAUCACGCUGCCAAAGCAAAAGAACGUGCGGCAGAGUACUUGAGAACCUUCUCCGACCAGUACCUCGAUCGUUCAAUGACGCGGCACCCUUCUGGCUCUGGCUCUGUCGAGGAUCUCAAGCUGCAAGCGCAGAGGGCCCUGCAGACGGGCAUCCGAAGCCUGGUCCACGCCGAGAGGAAGAUGUUGCAAGACGAGUCGACCGUUGGCGAGACCGGCCUUCAGGAGGGAGAUGUCCUCACGGCCGUAGCUCGCCCUGUGCUGGUGUGGUCGAGCCCGGCUGGGAGUGCCUUCGCAGUAAGCCGGAGUGACGGCUUCGUGUUCACCUGGGGGUUGUCCAUGUACGGAGGCGACAGCAGUGCCGUCAAGGAUCAGCUGUGGCAUGUGAAGCACGUGUGUGUCGGUGAUGGUGCAAGUGCCGCUGUUCGUGAAGACGGGACCGUGAUCACUUGGGGAGAUGAUUCUGAGGGCGGAGACAGCUCGAAGGUGAGCCAUGAUCUCCAUGAAAUCAGAGAAGUGAAGGCUUCGCAUUCGGCCUUCGCCGCACUUCGAAGCGACGGAGAAGUGAUAUCGUGGGGUGCUGGUAAUUUUGGAGGCCUGUGUCUGCUGCCACGAGAUCAGAUCCGCAACGUCAAGCAAGUUGAAUCCUCCUAUGCAGCGUUUGCAGCCAUUCGAGAUGAUGGGUCCGUGGUUGCCUGGGGCGAUGAGCGCUCUGGCGGGGAUUGCAGUAAGUGUAAGAGACACCUGGUUGGAGUUGUGCGGAUUUCCUCAACCAGUACUGCCUUCGCCGCCGUCACCUCCCGAGGGCAAGUCGUGACGUGGGGAGAUCGCAUGAUGGGAGCAGACAGCUCCUCAGUCGCCGACAAGCUGCAGAAUGUCCAGUCCGUAGAGGGCAGCACUGGGGCAUUCGCGGCACUGCGAAAGGAUGGUACCGUCGUGACAUGGGGCCCUGCAGCCUACGGCGGGGAUAGCAGGAAGGUCCAGGAACAGCUCUACGAUAUUCAGCUUCUUCGCGGCUCUGUGCGAGCUUUUGCUGCCUUACGCCAAGAUGGCAGUGUGAUUACUUGGGGCGAUGCCGCCUUUGGCGGCAGCAGCGACAGCAUCCAGCACAUGCUGUCCGAUGUGCAAGAUCUUCGAGCUUCCCAUGCUGCCUUUGCAGCUCUCCGGGCGGAUGGCCGCGUCGUGGCUUGGGGCGACGAUGCUUACGGAGGAUGCUGCCAGGAGGCAGAGGAGGAACUCUACAGUGUGCAGGAAAUCCAUGCGUGCAAAGCUGCAUUUGCAGCGCUUCGCGCUGACGGCUUAGUCAUCACGUGGGGGGAUCAAGCCUUCCGUGGUGACAUGACCCAAAUUCAUGAGCAGCUACAAUCUCUAAUUUUCAAGCAAGUGUAG